AUGGCUGCCUUAAGACCUCUUAUCAAACCGAAGAUACUCAAGAAAAGAACCAAGAAGUUCAUUCGUCACCAGUCUGAUCGUUAUGUUAAGAUUAAGCGAAAUUGGCGUAAACCAAGGGGUAUUGAUAACCGAGUUCGCAGGAGGUUUAAGGGACAGAUUCUGAUGCCCAACAUUGGUUACGGUAGCGAUAAACGGACCAAGCACAUGUUACCGUCUGGAUUCCGCAAGUUUCUGGUACACAACGUGAAGGAACUGGAAGUGCUCAUGAUGAGUAACAAGUCUUUUUGUGCAGAGAUCGCCCACAAUGUUUCAUCCAAAAACCGCAAGACCAUCGUAGAGAGGGCUGCUCAGCUCGCCAUCAAACUCACAAAUCCAAACGCCAGAUUGCGCAGCGAGGAGAACGAGUAG